CUGAGCAGCGCGACGUGGCCAUUAGCCGGUUACAGGUAGCUCGCAUGUGACAGUUAUCUGCGCGCGCGCGUGCAUGUGUGCGUGUGUGUGCGCGCGUGGCGCGCUCUCCGCUCUUCUACUCCCGGUGAUGGUGCGUCGGAGGAGCGGCUGCGUGGGGACGAUGUUCCAGUCCACACUCUGAGGGGGGAAGUUGGAACACUCGAGGCGCGUUGAAGCUGUGAGGAAAAAAAGUCCACCGCAGGAUGAAGUCCAAAGGAAAGGCUGGGAGACCCUCCAGGAGGACCUGGUCUGAGGCCCAGCCAGAACUGGACCUGGAAGCAGACACAGAACCAGAACCAGGCUCCAGCGAGCAGGAGGGCUCGGAGGCCUCGGUCCGGAUCGGCGGCUCCUGGAGGGGGUCCCUGAGGGGCGGCGACGGCAAGCGGAAAAGAGGCGCCGGCCGCCGCCAGCGCCGGCAGCACGGCUCCGGCGCCACGGAGCGCAGCGCCCGGCGCCUGGAGAGCAACGAGAGGGAGCGCCAGCGCAUGCACAAGCUCAACAACGCCUUCCAGGCGCUGCGCGAGGCCAUCCCCCACGUCAACACCGACAAGAAGCUGUCCAAGAUCGAGACCCUGACGCUGGCCAAGAACUACAUCAGGGCCCUGACCACCGUGGUCGUGGACAUGUCGGGGGGCUGCCUGCCCGCUGGCGGCGGUGGCGUCCCGUCUGAAGCCAGCACCGCCAAGCUGCUCCAGUGCUACCAGAAGCACCUGGAGGAGGAGGGGGAGGAUGACCUCACCCAGUACCUCACCCACGCACGCAGCUUCAGCCAGCGCAGCUAACAGCGGCUGCAAGGCGGCCCGGAGGCUGUGAGAGGGAGGGGG